UUUUGUAGCCCUGGCUAUCCCACAGUUCCUUUGUGUAGACUAGGGUGGCCUCGAACUCACUAGAUCUGCCUGCUUCUGCCUCCUGAGUACUGUGAUCAAAGGAGUGCAUGCUGGCUUCUUUUUAUGUUUUAAAAGCAUAUUAGACAUCUUUAGCUAAAUAGUCCUGACCAAGACCUUAGAGGUUUUUUAUAAGUCAAGGCUACACAACUAUCAAGUGGCACCUCAGUUUUUGCAUGUGUGUAGUCUCAACACUUAGGAGACUGAGGCAGGAGGAUUCUUGUGUUGGGAAUGUAUAACGAGUUCCAGGCUUACUAAGGUCAACCAAAAGUAAAUGCAAAAUAACCCAUGUGAAUGAAUAAUUAGUGUUAAAGCACUGGGAGACUUGGGAAUCAGACUCAUGGUGGUCAAAAGAGAAACAUUUUUCUCUACUUACUAACUGCUGUCCUUUCCUAUUCUAGCAUCAGAUGUCCAUCAGGCUGAGUCAGAUGGCCCCUUCUGGCUACAGUGACUCUUUCUUGUCUUGUAUGACCUAAGGGCAAGGCCAGGAUCCCCAUGCUCAUGACCAAUGUGUCCAAUCUAGAUCAGAGCACAAGGGAGGGUCUCAGGAACUGGGGUUUCUUUGUGGGUGCAGGUAACUAGACAAGGCCUUCCCAGUGCUUAAGAAGGUGAACUGUAGCUUCGAAAGCCAAAACCGGGAAGCAGGCUUCUUUGGGACAGCCAUCUUCCAACCCCACCUUACCUCAUAUCUGCCUGUCACCUGCUCCAGGACAGAUGAACGAACAGCUGACCAAUUAUCACACAGGAAGAAGUGGGGGCUGCCAGCUUGGGGAUCCGCCAAGAUUCCCCAGUGUGACCCUAGAGACCUGCACAGCUAGAAGUCACAUGAACCAGAGCCCUAGGGACUGGUGGGGCUUGAGGUCUGGAUGUCAAUCAGAGAGAUGCCUGGGCUGUCAAAAUUAAACAUAAAUAAAACCACGAUUUUGCAGAGAAUGAUGGGAAUCUGGAACAGUUGCCCUCUCCUGUGUCACAGGCAGGGGGAGUAAUGGGCAAGGGGUUUUGGAGUAGGAUGGUCAGGGCUCAUUUCCUAACCUAGUGGUUGUUCCCAGCUGCAAACACUGUAGAGAAAUGUGGAGGUCACUGCAGAACUUCAGAAGUAGGGCAAAUGGCGGACAUGCAGGCCAUGGAGACCCAAUAAAAUCAAAACGGUGGGAUUAAAAUAGCGUCUGGGAGGAGAGAAGAAAAUGAUGUCAUCCAGUCAUGACUUUUCUUAAUACCUGAGGGCCUUCAACCAUUAUUUAUAAUGUAAGAUUUUUUGAAUGCAUUAUUUUAAAAAAAACUUAAAGAAUAGGUUUACAGACAGGUGGGGUGGGGGGAGAGAAAGGAAGAAGGGACAGUCUCCCAGCAAGAACAGUUGACACAGCGCAUGGCCUCAGGCAGAUUCCCUGCACACAGCCCAUGUGACUCUGGAAGAUGACCCUGGGGUAAGGACAGGGGAAAUAAGAGGGAAGGACCCUCGGACACCAGGACAGCACACAUGGGAGCAGAGACCAUGGAGUCCCCUUCUCUGCUUCUCUGCAAAGGGCUCCUGCUCACAGCCUCCCUCUUAACCUGCUGGAAUGCACCCGCCGCUGCUGAGCUCACUAUUGAGUUAGUGCCACCCAUGGUUGCCGAAGGCGGAAACUCCGUUCUGUUUGUGCACGAAAUGCCGCUGAAUGUCCAGGCGUUUUACUGGUACAAACAGAGAGGUCCGACCAAGAGCUAUGAAGUCGCGCGGUACUUAACACCCACUAACGAAAGUUCGAAGAUGCCUCAGCACAGUGGUAGGAAAACCGUAUUCUACAGUGGAUCCCUGCUGAUCAGAAAUGUCACCCAGGCCGACAGCGGAGUCUACACCUUACUAACAUUUAACACAGAAAUGGAAAGCGAGUUAACACACGUGCAUCUGGAAGUACGCGAGCCCGUGGCACAGCCCACCCUCCAAGCAGACAGUACCACAGUAACAGAAGAUGGUUCUGUGACCCUCACGUGCCUCUCAGAAGAUCCCGGACUCUCUAUCCGUUGGCUGUUCAAUCACCAGAGCCUGUAUUUCAAUGACAGGAUGACUCUGUACCAGAAAAACAGCAGACUCAGCAUAGACCCAGCCAGGAGGGAGGACUCUGGGGAGUACCAGUGUGAGGUCUCCAAUGGGUACAGCUCUAAGAUGAGUCUCCCACUCCAAAUGGCUGUGACUAGCGAGUGAGCUCGCCACUGGGGUGGGGAACUCUUUGUCAGUGAUACUAAAAGUGAAGAAAAGUUCUGGGGAAAAAACCAAGACAGUCAGCGUGGUGAUGGAGACCUGUCAUCUCAGGAUAAAAUGCGAGUCAGCAGGAACGUGAGUUUGAACCAGCCAGGGUUACAAAGUUUGACCAGUCUCAAGAAAAAUCAGCAGAGUAAGCAAAGCUACGAAGGGAUUACAAUCAUGGGCUUAGGUUCUGAGUCAAAUAUGGCCAGUCCUCCAGAUCCAUGGAGAACUGAUUCCAGGCACCCCCAAAUUUCUGGAUGUUCUGAGUCCCCUGUUGAAAAUGGUGUUUGCACACACACAUCAUCCUCUCGCAUGCCCCAGUCAUUUCUGAUGCCUCACACCGAUGCCGCCCAGACACCUUUCCAAACCAUUUCUAAGCAUAUUCUGUUUCCCUCACCCCUGACAGCUGUCAGCCCACUUCUGCCUCUACGUACGUAGUGUUUGUCUUUUUUGUUAGCAUGAUACAAAGCAUGAUUCUGUUCUCUCAAGCCACCUGGCUGGUGGCAUCCUGCUGGAUUAACGGACAUUAAAGGACAUCCUUGGUACAACUGAU